UGGAGGGGCAAAGCCCUCCGUUCAGUACAUGGAGGCUAAGAAUGGAAACAUUAUUUUAUAAUUGUCACUUGUCGCGUCGGUACCAAUUAAAAUAUUUUUUACAUACUGUCAUGUGAAUACGAAAGUAAAUUUCUAUAAAUAUCUCAAUAAAUGGCCUAUGUGCGAUUGGUAUGUGAGAAAAAUUAAUGUAUAGAAUGAAGUUCUUUUCAAAUUGUAUAAUAGAGUAGUGAUUUGAAAUUGUGUGGUUUAAAUAAAUAAAUGUCAAGAUUGACUGUGAAAAGAACAUAUAUUGACCGAAAGUUAUCCUGAUUUAUACAGUAUUUAUUCAUUGCUAAAUUUAGAAGAAAAUUCUGACUGAAAAUAAUAGUAUUAUUAUAAAAAUCCUUAGUUUUUUGAAUACUUUAAUUAUAUACAGAAAGUGAACAAAAUUUUAAUGUUCAAUGAAAAUAAUAGAAAUAUCAGUGGUAUUAAUUAUAAGUAACAUGUUUUAUUAUUAGAGAAAUUAUACCACUUUAUUGUGUAAAGGAUAAGAAAAUCUAUGAUAUAUUUUUAAAGAAAAUCUAAUCAAUGAAACACAUUAUCAAAUUAAGUAAUCUUAUCCUUACUUCUAUGUAUACCAAAGAAUUAUUGCCAAUCUUCUACCAUCACCCUGUUUCAUGAUAUUUUAAACCACAGUGGUUCGUGCAGAUGUUACGUAAUCUAUAAGCCUAAUGAAAAUCAUAAGUUUACAAUAAUCAUCAAAGUAAUUAUAAAGUAUUUGCCAAAGAUAAAUGUGUGUUAAUAUAAUUCAAUUUCAAUGUAAAUAAAAGAUUGUACAUAUGGGUUUCACAAAAAUAUUCAAACGCAUGCUCUAUGCAAAUUUUGCAUCGUGCAGCACCAAAGCAAUAGGAAUAUUAGCACCAUUAACAAUUCCACCAUUGCAUAUUGCAUUUCUAUAUUACUUUUGGCAAGAGUAUGCAAGAGACGUGGACAAACAAUAUUGUUCUUGCUCAUGUUGGGAUACAGUGUUCAAGGGAUCAUACGAAUCCGGGAUCGCUUCGUAUAAACACAUGUACUUUAAUGCAACAUCAAAUACCCUAAAGAUAUGGGUGACUAUUGUAAUCGGGGUAAUUACUUUCUAUGAAGUAGUGAAACAUUUAACAUGGCUAGCAUUUCAAAAUCGUCUUAGACUCUGUAUGAUGAUCCUUUUCUCAACUGCUAUUUUCUCUCAUUAUUACACUUGGUGGGUUUACAUGAAUUAUUGGAACGAUGAAUUCUAUUCCCAAUGGUACCAUCAGCUGUUUUUUUCUAUCACUGAGCUGAUAUCUACUUUCCUGGUUGUUCAUCUGGCAGAUAAUAAAAAUCCAGUAACUCAUAGAAAAGCAUUUGGUAUAGCUGCAAUAGCUAUCUUGCAUAUUGUAGCAGGUGGUUGGGAUCAAUUUGUUGCUAAUGUUGUUAGAGGAGAAGGGUACGCGCAUCAGGUGGUACGUGAUCUUGGAUUUAUGAUCCCAGAUAUUCUUCACGUUGCUAUUCCAUUAUGGGCAAUUAAAUGGAAAAAUAUAUAUAAUCUUCCUGGUUCAGCCAAACGAGAUCCGAGUAUCAGAAGAGAUUUAGCUUAUAUGUUAGGAAUGAUAUGCAUAGGAUUAUGCAUUUGUGCCAUACUGUAAUUUAACAGUUACAAUGCCUAAAAAAUAGUGUCUUAAAAAUAAUGAACCCUUUGAUUUGAUUUAUUUUCAUAUCAAAGGUAUUUACAUUUAUACACAUAUGAAUGUUGGUGAAACAUAUUAGGUAUGUUUAUGUUUAUUUAUUGUACUUAAAACUGACUUAGACAUUUAGCAAGUUCCGUCACAAAAUGACUCCCACUGCCAAUUAAUUACUUAAUUUUGUAGAAACAAAGCAUUUUUUAUUCUUUUGCGAUGCGUUUUAUAGUAUUAUUAAAAAUCAAACAUUUUAUUUAUUUAAUAGUAGUAUUACACUAGCAGGCCUGUAGAGUACAAUUUAUUUUAAACAGCAAGCUUUUUUAUUUAAGUUGUUUAUUCCCACCUUUCUUGCCUACCACAUAAAUAUAUAUAUCAUAAACGACGAAGUUUAGAAGUUACAAUCAAAAGUUCACAUUUUUUAAAUAUCAAAACAAAUAUUGCACUUAUUGUUAUUCGUCUCGAUUAAAUAAUGAAGAUAUAGUGAACAGCAUUGCAACAACUAAACAUUUGUGUAUAUGGGAAUGUGUGAGUGUGGAAAAUGAGUUGAUAAACAUAAUAAGUUACCUAUUUUCUAACAACGAAUGUGUUCUCAGUUUAAAGAAGUACUUACAAGAAUUAUGGAAACUUAUUUAGAUGCAAGUUGAAAGGUAAAAUCAUUUUGCAACAUUUAAAAUAUUUAUCAAUAUAUUUUUGUAAAUGUUAUUAACGUCACUGGUAUAUGCGAAGCAUUGUUAUUAUACCUUUAUAAUGUUUAAUGCAUUCGUUUAAAUUGCAAAGUAUUAUAAAACUAUAGAUACAAGGUAUACAACAAAACACAUAUCGUAUACAAUAUUGAAUAAUCAUUGAAAAAUAAUUAUAAAUGAAGAGAAUGUAUGAUACGGAUUAUUAACAGUCAUCGAAAACCAAUUGUUGUUGUCAAUGUACGUAAGGCUACAACAAAGUGCCUACAUGCAACGUGAAUUAUUUUUAGCAAUAUCAUUGCAUUAAAUAUAACGUGUAAAUUGAUUCUAAAGAUGAUGAUAUAGUUACCGUUUAAGAACUUCAAAUUCAAACAUAGAGCUUUAAUUUAUCUAACAGUGAAAUAAUUUUAAGGAAUCGUUUUACUUAAAUUUUCUUUCUUUUCUAACAGUAUUUUU